CCGGAAGUAGUUGCUCCAUAUCCCGCCCCAACAUGGCGGCGCCCAGCUCUUUAAGUGUGCACCUGCUUUUGCUUAGCUUGUGAUUUUAACCUUGGCGGGGUUGGUGAGACCAUGGACACGCCGGGCUUCACGGCCUCGCUGGUGGCUGGAGGGAUAGCAGGUGCCUCUGUGGACUUGAUAUUAUUUCCUUUGGAUACUAUUAAGACAAGGCUGCAGAGUCCCCAAGGAUUUAACAAGGCUGGCGGGUUUCGUGGAAUAUAUGCUGGUGUCCCUUCUGCAGCUGUUGGAUCCUUUCCUAAUGCUGCUGCGUUUUUCCUCACCUAUGAAUAUGUGAAGUCUUUGCUGCACACCGACUCAGCUCCACACUUCAAACCCGUGAAGCACAUGCUGGCCGCCUCUGCAGGAGAAGUGGUUGCCUGCUUGAUUCGAGUUCCUUCUGAAGUGGUUAAGCAGAGGGCACAGGUGUCUGCUUCUUCAAAGACCUUGCAGAUUUUUUCUACUAUCCUAAGUGAGGAGGGCAUCCAAGGACUGUACCGAGGCUAUAAAAGCACAGUUUUAAGAGAGAUUCCUUUCUCCUUGGUCCAGUUUCCCUUGUGGGAAUUCUUGAAAGCCCUCUGGUCGUGGCGGCGGGGUCAUGUGGUGGAUUCUUGGCAGUCAGCAGUCUGCGGAGCUUUUGCAGGUGGCUUUGCAGCUGCAGUCACUACACCUCUGGACGUGGCUAAGACACGGAUCAUGUUGGCAAAGGCGGGGUCCAGCACUGCUGUUGGGAAUGUGCUCUCAGCCAUGCACGGGGUGUGGCGCUCACAGGGACUAGCGGGGUUAUUUGCAGGUGUCUUUCCGAGAAUGGCAGCAAUCAGCAUGGGAGGCUUUAUCUUUCUGGGUGCCUAUGACCAGACCCGAAGCUUGCUGUUAGAGGUGGGCAGGAAGAGCCCGUGAAGCAGACAGUACAUGUCCCUGGAGGACUGCUGUGCAGUCCCUGCCUUCCCAUGACUGGUGCUACAGUGUGGAUCCCUGAAGAUGCCUGCAGAGAGCAGCUUAACGAAGGCCGCAGCCCAGGCUGUCCCCGGGAAAGUAUCGUUGGUGCAACUCUGACCCAAAAUCUCAGUCCUCUCAAUAAAUACUCUUGGAAAGGCUGAGACCAGGCCCUUCAGAAUUGUUUUGAUUAGCAUCCUUCACUUUCUGCUCUCUAUUGGAGUCACCAGAAAAGCAAGCUGGCUACGAUUGGGAGUGAGUGAGCAGACUGGGAAAAGGAAGGAGGCUUGGGACAAGAGCUAAGGGGCGAGUGUUUCUCCCCUGGGCUAAUGCCUGUUGUGUAAGAUUAUAGCUUAGUUUAAAAAGCAUGAACUGCAGGUGCAUAGCAUGCAUUCUUUCUGGUAAGGAGGCUGCUGUCUUUAAUUACCCUUGUAUUUCUCCUAUAAAAACACAUGAAUAUAUUAUAUUACUUUACAGAAAAGUGCCCCAAAGUCCCUGGAGUGUGUGACAGACAUCAGACAGCUGCAGUGCCAGUGAGUGGGUGGGCCCAAGUGACUUUAGUUAGGAGCACAGCCGAGGGAAGCAAAGCCCAUGACCACACCGUCCUCCCUAGAGGCCAGCUGGAGCUGCCCCUUGUCCUCAUGGUAUACGCCAGUAGGAGGUGGGAGGGUCAGCAUAUCUGGGGAGCAUAAGGCUUGACUAACCAACUCCAUGUGGCAAAAAACAAAACAACGUGAGCCAUCUGAGGAGUGUAGUGCCACCGUGUCUUUCGGGGGCAACAGUAUAGCCUGUGCUGCUUGGUCUAAGUACUCUCCUUUUGGGGAAAUAUUGUUAAUAGCAGAAUGACUGCACUUAGAAGGACAAUGACCGCAACACACACUUAUAUUUAUAAAUGAACCUUUAUUAAAGACACUUUAAUGCCAUUUGUUAGACACUUCAAUAUUUUACAUGUUUUCAAUGUACACUGUACCAAAAUUUCUAUAAAUAAAUAACUCUGUACAUAAA